AUGUACAGGGAAGGAGUUAUACAAUUUAAGAACGCUCUCUUUGCGGACAGAGCUCGUGUGCCGUUUUUCACGCGCCACAUGAUAACAAUCGUGAACAACAGCGAGCAGAUGGUGCGCCUGGCGCAACAGAUGCAGACGCGGCAUUGGCCCCCCGGACGACACGACCCACCCGCCGAGGAGAAGUUCAAUAAGAUGCUGGCCACAUUCCAGAAUCUGCGCGAUGAAGCGGCACGUUUUCUACUCGAAGAGGCGUUCUUAGAUCUCCAAAAGCAUUUCGAUGAACUCUUUACUGCAAAUUGGUUAGUCACGACGAUUCCGGUAGAGACAAUAUGUGUUACGCUCGACGAUUAUUUCCACGACUAUAACCAUUUGAGGGAGAAGAAUUUCGAAUACGUAAUAAACGAAGCGCAAUGUAUGAUUUACAAAAAAUAUAUAACGGCAAUGUUAUCCAAGAAAAUAACGUUUAAAAGCGUCGAGGAAGCUCAGCAGGCGGCGACAAAAAUUGUGGAAGAGGCUAACCAAAUUCGGGCGUUCUUUAAGAAGAUAAAGUCGCAAGUCGUCGCAGCUGAAGGUAUUAAUGUCGACUGGCCUUUUGAAGUCAUCACCACUUUGGCUGAGGUACUCCGAUGUCAAGAUAUUGAGAUGCUGUCUUUAGACCUUCACGGGGUGGUGGAUAAGUGCCCAGAAGUGUCAGAGGAGCAGUUGGCCCGCCUUGUGCUUUUGCGUGGCGACGUACCUCGCGCCCAUGUUCGAGACAUGGUGGCCCACGUGCGCGCCACGCGUCGUCCUACCCGCCCUUCUACCAAUCCAUCCCUAUUCAAAGAUAUCGUCUUCAACGAUAGAUUACUUUCACACUUCACGCUUUAA